AUGACGUCCUUCGCUGACUUUCCUCCAGAAAUCGUCAAGGAGAUCAUCGACGUUCUUCAGCACAAUCUACUUUCAUUGAAAGCGUGCUCGCAGACAUGCCAAUCGCUACUGCCAUUCUGCCGCAAUGAUACAAGCGAAGGAAACCAACAGAUUGGUCUGCCCGCGCCCUCCUUCAGGCCAAUGCUCGAGCACAAGCCAGACACCGAGCAAAGCGAAAGGCAUAUAUUGACCAGCGUCGCCCAGCUCGAACAAACCGUAACAAAGCUCCAAACUGAGCUUGGCUACACUCCAGAGCAGAUCAGUGCCCUUCCACUUCACACAGUGAAGAUACGCGAGCUCGAGGCAGAUCUCUUGAGGGCCCGAGAAGAAAACGAGGAACUCUGGAGGCUCCUCGCAGAAAGCAGAGUGUCAACCGCCGUCACGCGUCGGGACCCAUUGACGAUGUACCCAGAUGGUCGGCGUUGUGACCGAGACUACAAGCGACGUAAGAUGCAAUAUUCCCUCCAACGCCAAUCACCACGGUCCUGGGCUAAGCUUAUCAUUCAGCCUGCAUGCACCCGCAUUCCAAAUGCCAAAUACACCAUCGGGUUCGAGUGCUACUUCAAGUCCCCCAUUCUCGCCUGUUCAAAUGCAAGCACCCAUACACCCCCCCAUGGACCAGCGUCCACAGCAACACAACUACACACUCUCGAACUACGCGCAACACCAUCCAAACUAAUGUCAUGGUAUAUCUGUCAAGGUGGAGGACAACCCCAGUUAUACUGCAUUUACAGCUGGGAAACCGCCAUUCCUCUCUACAGUACUCCUAUUCGCAUGGCCAUCCUCACGACCACACUAUGGAUUGGAACACGUACUUGGAUGGCCACAAUUACACAGAUAGCGUCUUUUGUUUUGUGUAGUAGGAGCGGCCUCUAA